CACCUGCAGAACUCCAAGGUGCACAUUCUAGACACGGAGAAUUUUGAGACCACAUUUGGGCCCAAGGCUCAGAGGAAGAGGCCCAGUCUGAUGGUGGGGGACAUGAAGGACCUCGUGGAGAAGGCAGAGUCCUCGGGCCAGACCUACAGUGAGGACAAGGACAAAGACCUGGUGGUCGAGGACACAGGGGUCCGGACGGAGGCACGUGAUGAAAUCUUCAAAAAGGGUCAGUCCAAGAGGAUCUGGGGAGAACUCUAUAAGGUAAUCGACUCUUCCGAUGUCGUCAUCCAAGUGCUGGAUGCCAGAGACCCCAUGGGAACACGCUCUAAAAGCAUAGAGAAUUACAUGAAGAAAGAGAAAUCCUGGAAACAUCUGAUCUUCGUUCUAAACAAGUGUGACCUCAUCCCCACCUGGGUCACGAAACGGUGGGUGGCCCUGUUAUCCCAAGAGUACCCCACUCUGGCUUUCCAUGCCAGCCUCACCAACUCGUUUGGUAAAGGCUCCCUCAUCCAGCUGCUCCGGCAGUUUGGCAAGGUAAGCUAAUGCCUCACUUUCAAAACAUAUGUGUAAUUAGUCGAGAGC